AUGUUGGUCUCCUUGACCGUUGGUAAGGUCGACGCGGGUGUCGCGGUCCUGCUCACCCAGGACAAGCGGUUGAUCGAGUUUCCUUCUAUCCUGCUGCCCUCUACCAUCACCUCGGGCUCGAUCGUCGACAUCGAAGUGAAACAGAACCACGAAGCGGAGCAGAAGUCGCAAGCUGCUUUCGCUGCUCUCCAAAGGCAAAUACUAAACACUUAUGGUCUUCGUGUUCCCGCGACGCCUGUCCUGCGUCUUCGCAAUGCCACGCAAACCUCACUGGUCCUCGAAUGGGAUCCCAUCCAGUUAGCUACAACGACCCUACGGUCACUUGCGCUCUACCGCAAUGGAAGCAAGGCAGGGAACAUACCACGCCCGCUAGACACCCUCAGCACCAAAAUGAGCGGGCUGGCGAUCGACACCGAAUAUUCCUUCUACCUGGUACUCAAGACCAGUGGCGGCAUAUAUACAAGCAAUACCCUCACUGUCAAGACUCACGCAAUGAGCAAUCUUACGGGUAUCACUGUCACUCCUGGCAUACUGCCACCGCAACUAAGAGAAAGUCUCGAACUGGCGAUCUCGCGCAUUGGCGCAAGGAUCAACGACACCGUCAAGAUCGACACCACCCAUUUCGUCUGCACGGAAGGACGGGGACGCGAUUGGGAAAGGGCAAAUGAGAUGAAUAUCCCUGUGGUCAGGCCUGAAUGGGUUGAAGGAUGCGAAAGAGAGGGGAAAAUCAUCGGUGUUCGUGGAUAUUAUCUGGAUGCAGAUCCUAAACAAAGACAGAUCGGAUCGAAUCCAAGUCUUUCGGCACCAGCCGGUCGACCUUCCACCACAACUGCACCGCCUGCGCAAGCUCCUCACCAGGCGAACGUGCCUCAAAGGCCGAAAGAACAGCAGCCAAAAAGUCCCGAUCGAGAGAGCACUGUGAGCGGUGAACCAGGUCCUGAGGUUAUGCCAACUCCACCCCCUCAGAAAGAUCUUCCGCCAACACCCGCCGAUGGUGGCGAAGAGGAAAGCGAAGAGGACGGAGAGGAGGAGGCUGAAGAUGAGAUCGAGCAGCCUACAGCGGUCGAACCCAAGGGGAAAGGGAAGGCCCCGGAGGUCGAGUCAGAUCAAGAAGAGGGUGAGGACGAGGAUGAGGAGGAGUCCAAUAAUUCUCAGCAAGGGCCCAAAGUCGAUGGAAAAGGGACCGAAAUGGAGGAUGUCGCAUUGUGA